AUGGAGCCUCAAGCUGUGGCGAAGCUUCUGCUGCCGUUGAAGCCUCCAAAACCAGCUUCGAGGUUGAAAGCUCUGCUAUUGCUAGCUCGGAUAGUGAUGAAGUUCCUCGACAUCAUGACUGCCGAUGCCGACUGUCUCUUCGUCGAUUUCCUUCGCCUGCGUCUCUUUGUGAUGAUUCAGCAACUGCAAUCGUUGGCAAAACACGAAGAAGACGAAGACGGCGCCAGAAACCUUCGGCAUCAGCAUCUGACUUAG